AUGGUGCCCGUCAGAAAGCCCGAGUCUUUCAAGAAGGCUCUCCACUUCACGGUGGAAGAGUUUCAGGAGAGGCGCAACCGCGCCCUCGCCCUCAUGGAGAGGGAGAAUCUCGACGGGUUCCUCAUGACCAAGCAAGAGUCCCUCUACUACUUCACCGGCUUCGACACCUUUGGAUAUGUCUUUUUCCAGGCAAUGUACUUCCACAGGGAUGGACGCAUCCGCCUCAUCACCCGCGCGCCAGAUCUGCGCCAGGCUCUAUAUACAUCCAUUCUUGAGAAGAAGGACGUUAUGAUCAGACCGGACGAUGCAGGGUCCAACCCUGUGGCCCUCGUGCCCGAGGUGCUCAAGGAAUUUGGCAUCAACUCCCCCUCAAAAAGGAUCGGCUACGAGCCUAACUCUUGCACUUUGACCCUCCAGAUCGGUCAGCUUCUCCUUCAGGCUGUUGAGGGACUUUGCACGAUGGUGGACCAUAGCAAUCUGUUCACCCGCGAGCUGCGACUCGUCAAGUCCGAGACUGAGAUGCGCAAGAUUCGGAAGGCGGCCUACCUCGUCGAUUUCGCUCUGGUGCGCGCGCUGAAGGUCGCGAAACCCGGCGCGUACGAAGGUGACCUUUGGCGGGAGAUUGUGGGUACCGUCUAUGAGGGCGGUGGCGACGAUCCUGCAAACGAGAACAUCCUCGUUUCGGGUAACAAGGCCGUCUUGACUCGAUACUCUACGGGAAGGUCCAGAAUCGACCGACAGGUCACUCUAGAGCAUGCUGCAGCAUACAAGCACUAUCACGCCUGUCUGAUGCGGACCAUUCCCCUGAACGGAGUCACCAAGCUAGCCAGGAGAAUGCACGAGGUCAAUGUCAUACAGAUGAGGGCCGCCAUGGAUGCCCUCAAGCCUGGAAAGCCUCUCGGCGAUGUCUUUGAGGCGUAUGCUCGCGUCGCUGAUGAGAAUGGCUUCAAGGACAUGAGGCUCAACGCUUGUGGCUACAGCAUGGGUGCAACCUUUUCACCCACGUGGAUGGACUACCCCAUGUUCGUGCGAGGGCAGGACGUCGUCGCCAAAAAGGGCAUGGUAUUCUUCAUUCACAUCAUUCUUAUGGACAUGGUUACAGACACGGCCAGCUCCGUUGGGCAGACGGUCGAGGUCACUGAGGAUGGCUGCGUCUCCUUGUCGAAGCUACCGUUCUGCGUCACCCGCAGGCAGACACUGGCUGCUUGGAAGAAGAUUCGCAAGCAAGACUAUGGUUUCACCGCCGAAGAGGAAGACGAUGGUGAGAACCUCCGGGAUGUCGAGCUUUCUGACGGCGAUGUCGACGCGGAGGACUAUGAUGUUGAGUACGACUUUAGCGAGUAUCAAGGGGCUUCAUAG